AUGCUCAAAGAAAUAAAAAAAGAAUAUGAACAAGCAUCAAUAAAAACUAAACAACGUCCAAAUCAAGGUAUUGUCGAAACAUUAACGAAUUUACGUGAACGCUCUUUACGUUACAUUGAUGAAUAUGCUUAUCAAAAUUAUGAUCGUAUAUUACCUUUAAAUGGUAAUCAACCAACAUUAGCAAAGUUUCGUAUACAAGAUAAUGAUAUUCCACAUAUCUUUGAAGCAUUGAAAACUGCUACAAUGAUUACUCACCUCGAUCUUCGAUACAAUCGUAUUACAGAUGAAGGUGCUGGACUUAUCGCUGAUUAUUUAACAAAUGAUCAAUAUGUAUUGAUUCUUAAUUUACAAGGAAAUGAUAUACAUCGAAAAGGUGCUCAAAGUUUAUCUAAUGCUCUAAAGGUCAAUACAACAUUAACAUCAUUAUCACUUGCUGAUAAUAGUAUUGGAAAAGGUGGUGGCAUGGCAUUUGCUGAAACACUUCAAAUCAAUAUUACUCUUGAACAACUUAAUUUAGCAAAUUGUGAUUUAGAAAUGGAUAGUUUAAUAGCAUUAUUGACUAUUCUACGUUAUAAUCCAAGUUUAAAAUCAAUUGAUUUAAGUCGUCCAAUACCACAACAUCAACAUUCAAAUUGGAUGGAUGAUAUUGCUAUUCAUAUUGCACAUAUGCUUGAGAAAAAUAACGUUUUACAAGAAUUACAUGUUCAAAAAUUUGAAAUUCGCGAUCCAGGUUUUAUGUGGAUUUGUGAAAAAAUGCAACAUAAUCAAUCAUUGCUCUUUCUUGACCUUAGUUGCAAUCGAAUUACACGUGAUAGCGCUGUUUAUUUAGCAGCAAUGCUUGAAAAAUGUGGCCUUCUUCGACUUAAUUUAGCAUUUAAUCGAUUAGAAAAUGAAGGUGCUGGUCAUUUAGCAACGGCAUUACUUCAAUCAAAUUCAAAACUUCGAAGUCUUGAUAUUCGUUCAAAUAAUAUAAAAGGUGAUGGUCUGUGUAGUAUUGCAGAUGCCGUUAAAUUCAAUUCAGCUCUUACAGAAUUAUUUAUUUGGGGAAAUGUUCUUGAAGAACGAGCUUGCUUAGCUAUUGAAAAUCUUUUAACAAUUCAUCGUUUUGAACCUGAACAUGUGGAUGUAACACCAUAUCGUGUUGAUGGACGAACAUAUCUUGCUGAAUCUCCAAAUACUCUUGAUAAAUAUGCAUAUUGGAAACAAGUUGAACCAUUUCUUCGUAUUCAACCAGCCAUAAAUCGAAAAUCAUUGACUGAACGUGCCUAA